GUCAAUAUCUUAUCAGAUAAAAAGGCUCGCGAUAGCACGUAUUGUAGAAAUUUAUUUAGUAUCGUUGAAUUGAUGUGAUAGUGUGUUGUUUUGUUUUAUUAUUUUGUGAUAAAGGAUUUUAUAAUGGCUGGAUACCCACCGCCAGGACCGCCUCUGUACUACGGCCACUAUCCUCCCCACCCUCCACACCCUCCCCAUGCUCCUCACCUGCCCCCCGGCUCAUUCACAUACCUCCCUCAAGCGUACACCUACCAUACGUCAUGGCAACAGCCAUACAUCCCACCAUAUCAGCCUCCUCAAUCUCCUAUGCAGCACUUUCCACCACCACCAAGUCAAACACCACCUUAUGGGGUCAAUGUGGCUGAACAACCUUAUGAUCCACCAAAAGUUGUGGAGACCCCACCAGAGACUAGCUUUACUCCUAAUGAAAGUAUCGUCAGCUGGAUACCAGCGACCCCCAACACCGCGCAAGACUUAGAAUACAAGGCAGUGGUGGGGGGCAGGGAGGGCUAUGACGGGAGCCCACUGUGGGUCAUCCGAGCUCACCACAUGGGGGAGCUGAUUCCUGGAAAACUGGCGAUCAAACACAGAUACGCCUUCAUACCAAACCUUGGGAAAGAAAUACCUGUUCAUAAUUUUGAGGUAUUAUGUACAAAACCAGGCGGAGUCAAAUGGAUUUCGUCCAAAAACGGCAAAGUUCCUGAGAAUGCGGUGGUAGCGGGCAACACCAUCAACGCAGAACCGCUAUACAUAGGAAGAGUUUCACAUAAGUCUUCCCUUACUCCUGGAAAAGUUCAGCCCGCGCUCGGAUGCUGCUAUAUCUCCUACGGAGGUACGGAGAUUUCCUUCAGGAAGUAUGAAGUACUCUGCGAAGUUGUGUAAUUGAACUGUUAAAUAUAAAAUAAUUAUACGGGGGCGAGAUAUAUGUAUACAUAUAUGAUUGUGUCGACCAAGAGUGGAAAAAUAUUUUGCCAAUUGAAAUUAGAACACAUUUCGAUUUAUACGCUUACUUUCUACAUGAUUGGCUAAAAUACUUUAUUUUUUGGAAAAUAUAAAGGUUUGUUUUUAAAUUUUUAUUUAAUUAAUCUGUUUUUUCUUAAUGGCCAAACUAUCUAAAUUUUUACUUUUUUAUUUUUUUAUAUGGCUAACGAUCUGUUUUAUUUUUUUUACUAAUAUUUCAAUUGAAUAAAUACUCUUUAUUUUGACGCCAAAUGGUCAGAAGGUGUUUGUGUUUGUAAAUGAAAAUUAAACCCACAGAUAUAUUAUUAUUAACUAAACCGCAAUUACACCCAUUUUUCCGUAUUUAAUUAUGGGUAAAAAAAUACUCAACUAUAUUUCCUAAAUAAAUGACACUUUUCUA